AACACGAUAAACGCUUUUACGGAUGGAGAAGAAAGUAUACUCAAGUCUUCCGAAAGUUUCUUACAGUGGAACAAGUCAGAAGUCCAGAAUUCCUUUGCGGGCGAAAAGCUCAGCCGCCAAAGAUGGAUCUGGAGUUGCUGGAAUCCAAUCAUAUGAAUCUGGUAAACUUUGGUCGCAAGAGAUGCAAGCAGCGAGCAAAGAGCUCGAAAAGAAUCUCAAGUCACUCGAUGAAGUGCAUCUCAGAGAACUUGAUGAUGUGAUUCGAGGCGCUCAUGAAGAGAUUCUAGACAGACACGACAGUGCUCUGACGAGGUACAUUUCAAUUUUGAACGAGUCUGCCAAAGAAUACAAAGGAAGUCUGAAAAGGCACGAAGAGCUCCGACAGAAGCAGUUCCAAGACACCAUGAAAUAUUAUGCAAGUCUAUUUCCUUCGGAGUUUUCAGGCUCUUUCAGGUUGUUCGAAGGUGUGCCUGCAAAGGUCAUUCAGGAAAGGUCCAAAGAACGUGAGGAAGCUCUUCAAAGGAAGCUUGAUGACGAGGUCAAGAAACUAGAACAUGUCCAGAGAGAUCUGGAGAAAGAGAAGGAGAAGAGCUUAUGUUCUAUAUGCUUCUCAUUUCCUCGCGACACGGUUGUUCUCAACUGUAUGCAUUUUCAGUACUGCAGUAACUGCAUGUGUGCCAAUCAGUUGUCCAGUAAUCGCUGCCCAACUUGCCGAGGGAACAUAAGUGGUGUACUGAAGCUUAAUCUCAAUAUCUGAUCUCCAACAACUUCAUCUUCAAGUCAAGACUGACCUUAUAUUUACAACCUUUCAUUCUGUCUUUCACGACAACAAUCUGAUAGUCAGAUAUAAAUUAUCGGCCUA